AUUAACGGAGCCUUCGCCAUCUUCAUUGUUACAGGGGGAAGUUCAACCUUAUCCCUUGGUUCAUCCAACAGAAUCUCAGCUGAUUAGUGAUUCUGAGAUUCUGAUGUUCUGAUGCCGCAGUCUCCUGAAAGUCGACGAAAUGUCCAAAGUCAAGGAUCGCAUUCUGAUGUUGCACAUAAAAAAUCUUCCGGUCAUGAUAAUCGAGAUGCUGCUCAGAAAUGGAAACAAGGUUCAGAAUCAAAUGACCACGAAGAUGAGAAAUUGGUCGAAGAAUAUAAUAAGAAUAAAGGUCGAGUGUAUGAGAAAAAAUGGUCAUGGGAAAAAGAAAAAGGCUCCGGACAUGGUUGGGAGAAUCAGGGUCAUUCUAAUCGCGAUCAUUUGAAAGGUUCAAAUAAUCGAGAAUAUGAAUCAGGAUCGAAAGGUAAUCAAGGAAAAGAGAAUUGGUCACAAGAGAAGAAAAAAUCUCAUAAACUCGAAGAUAAUUAUGGAAAGAAAUUCGAUUCUAAAGGUUCAAAGGAAGAAGCCAAAGAUUCACAUGAUCAUCAUGAUUCUGGAAUCAAUCAAUUUGAUGAUUCACAUUAUCGGAAACAAUUUAGUUACCUUUAAAUUGACCAUUUAAAUUUAAUUUCCAAAAGAGCCCAAUUAAAUUGCCAUUCAUUCAACA